UCUCACAAAAUGGCCGCUGAAGGUUUCCAGUACCGCGCCCUCUAUCAGUUCACGAAAGAUCAGGAGGAAGACUUGGAUCUGCUGCCUGGAGAUCUGCUCACGGUUAGCAAGGCGUCGCUGCUGUCCUCUGAAAGCUACCAGGAAGGUUGUGAAGAGCUGCCGGAGAGGUUGGGCUGGCUUCUGGGCUACAACGAAAGGUCCAAGCAGAGAGGUGAUUUUCCUGGGACGUAUGUGGAGUUCGUGGGACCUGUCAAGAUGAGUGUCCCCACGACGCAGCCUCGAUCUCAGAGACCCCUGCCUGCAGCGCCCACAGCAGACCCCAACAAAGCUGUUUGGGUGCCUGACCUGAGUGAGCAGUUCACACCCCCGGAGACGGCCCCCCCAGCGCUGGUCAGCCUCCUCCAGGCCAUCGAGAGGAGAGGUUUGGACAGUAAGCUGUUGUACAGGACUGUUUCAGAAAACCCAACACCAAGCCUCCUCAGUGACGCUGACCUGAACCACAGAGACGUUGGUUUUCUGUCUGAGUGUGUGCUGAGCUAUUUGAGAGACCUGCCCUCUCCUGUCAUCCCCAUCAGUGUCUACCCUCACCUGCAGGGGGCGCUCAACAACCAGCAGCAGAGCCAGGCCACAGAUGGUGCGGUUGCUGGGGGUCACGAUCGAGAGGUGAGCCUGGUACUGGAGAGCUCUGCCUCUGUCCCCCUUCACCACCGCCUCACGCUGCAGUUCCUUCUCACUCACCUGAGCCGAGUGAUCCAAAGCCAGGCCCUCAACGGCCUGGACACCCACACUCUGGGGCUCAUCUUUGGGCCUCUGCUCAUCCGGACUGGCCCCUCCUCUGGAUGGUCACCAGUGGAUGAGCAGUUCCCAGCUCUGGUUCUGGAGAGGUUGAUCACUGAGAGGACCACACAGCAGGACAUCACCCCUCCAGUUCUCCCAGCAAAACCAGUCACCUCUAAAACUGCACCAUCGACUAUGACUGACAUGACCACGCUGCUCAACGACGCCGAGUGGUACUGGGGAGAAAUCUCCAGAGAGGAGGUGAACGAGAAGAUGAGAGACACUCUGGAUGGUACUUUUCUGGUCCGAGAUGCCUCCAGCAAACUGGAGGGAGAGUACACCCUGACCCUCAGGAAAGGGGGGAACAACAAACUGAUCAAGAUCUACCAUCGAGAGGGUUUUUACGGCUUCUCUGAGCCCCUCACCUUCAGGUCUGUGGUGGAGCUCAUCCAGCACUACCGCCACGAGUCCCUGGCCCAGUACAACACCAAACUGGACACCAAGCUACUUUACCCAGUCUCCAAGUACCAGCAGGUCUGUUUGGUGAAGGAGACCAGUAUUGAGGAAGUGGGAGAGCAGCUGAAGGUGUAUCACGAGCAGUACCAGGAGAAGAGUCGCGAGUACGAUUCCCUGUAUGAGGAGUACACACGCACCUCACAGGAGCUGCAGAUGAAGCGUACAGCCAUUGAAGCCUUUAAUGAGACCAUAAAGAUCUUUGAGGAGCAGUUUGAGACUCAGGAGCGCUACAGCCGAGAGUCUUUGGAGAGAUUCCAGCGAGAAGGCAACGAGAAGGAGAUACAAAAGAUCCAGAGUAACUCGGAGCGUCUGAAGUCUCGUGUGAAGGAGAUCCAUGACAGUAAAGUGAAGCUGGAGCAGGACCUGAGGCAGCAGGUCAGUGACAACAGAGAGAUCGACAAGAAGAUGAACAGCCUCAAGCCCGACCUCAUGCAGCUCCGCAAGACCAGGGACCAGUACUUAAUAUGGCUCACACAGAAGGGAACGCGACAGAAGAAGAUCAACGAAUGGCUGGGUAUCAAGAAUGACGCAGAUGACUCCUAUUCGCUGGAGGAGGACGACGCCUCUCCUCACCAUGACGAGGGCACCUGGUACGUGGGGGACAUCACGCGCACUCACGCCGAGGACAUGCUGAGGGGCAAAUGUACCGGCACGUUCCUCAUCCGCGACAGCCAAUCACAGAAGGGCUCCUACGCCUGCUCUGUCGUUGUGGACGGCGACACCAAACACUGCGUCAUCUACAAGACGGCCACAGGUUACGGCUUCGCGGAGCCCUACAAUCUGUACUCGUCCCUCAAAGACCUCGUGCUGCAUUACAAGAACGUGUCUCUGGUCCAACACAACGACCACCUGAAUGUCACGCUGGCCUACCCGGUACUGGCGCGCCCGCGAGCCAACAGCACCCCAGAUGAGCUAGCCCCACCCGACCCCUAACCACGCAAACCCAAACCCAAACUAUGGUUCACAUUUCUACGGGUGGGUAGACUCAGUGUUUCCACAUAUUCGCACAACACGGCGACGGCGAUGCGGCUACAAGCACACGAUGUACUGUUACGUUUAGCUAGCUGUUAGCCGUUAGCCGCUCGCUGUUAGCCGUUAGCCGUGACUGUACAUUGGGUUUUUAAAUACUCCGUGACUAUGGACAUCUACAGAAGCACACCCAUGUUUAAGUAGGAGGUGCUGUCAGCCCUUGGGCAAGAGACAAAGGCCCAAUGUCACACACAGACUGCCUGCACUAACUAUGUAGACAACAGCCUGUCAUUCACCCAGCAGACACAGGCUUGGCUAAACAUGGCUGCUCGCUUCAACUUACAAAAGCAAAUCUAUGAAAAAACAAACAAACAAGUGGACCAGGGGGUGUUGUCACUGGAGUUUAAAGGGCCUGUAUUACGCGACAUUGACUCUUGUGAGCUUUAAGGUGUGUUAGAAUGUUGUUACCUGAUUAAAAAUA